AGGGGGCGCUGUGACGGGUAUUGUGUUGUAAAGUCCGGUUUCAACUGUUGUUCGUUUCGUUCUGUUGAUUGUAUAAUUUCGUUGCUGUGCGAAAGUAUGGCUGACGCGGCAACGGAAACGACGCCAUUAGUUGGCUCAAGUACUGCAGCUCUACCGGCAUCCAGUACAGUUGGUCACGGAAGCAUAGAAGUCGAUGGAGCCAGGGAAACGUUGACGACUUUUGGGAAUCCAACUGCUGGAGAAAUCGCUUGGCACAGGGCGAAGCAAUUCAAAUCCCUGAUUCUCGGAUUGUUGAGAUGUUCAAAAACUGCCCCGAUUACAAAAACGUUAUAA